UCGGUUCCCGGCCAGCGUCUGGCUCGCCCUGGGUCACAUGGGAGGCGAGCUCUGCCCGCCUGCGGUUCCCGUGGCAACGCCAAUCCCCGGCCAAUCCGGGCCUCGGAAGUGCCGGCGCCCGCCUGCCCGCCCACUGUGGGCUGGAAAGGGCCGUGGAGGGCGGGCGGCGGAGGGACCGGCUGCCGACCUGGCCAUGCUUCGCGGCCUGCGGAGUCCGCUCUGGCCCCUGCUGCUGCUCCUGCUCCUGCUCCUGCUGCUGCCGCCCCCGGGCACGUGGGGACACGGCAGCCGCGCGAGGCCGAGGGAGGGGGCCGAGGAGGCGGGCUCGGCCGGGUCCUGUCCGGCCUUCCAGGGCCUGCGGGAGCGGCUGAGGGCGGCCGGCGCCCUCUGCAGACGCUACUGGGCUCUCUUCAGCUGCCGCGUGUGGCCCGACGGCUGUAGGCAGGAUGAGGAGGCGCCGGCGCGGCCCCUGGGCUGGAGCCUUCCCCUGUUGGGCCAGCAGUACCUGGAUAUCCUGACCACCUGGUACUGCAGCUUCCAGGACUGUUGUGACAGUGGGGACUGCAGGAUCAUCAAUAACUUCACAGGCCUAGAGGCGGACCUGCGCGUGCGCCUGCACGGCCAGCACCUGGCCCGGGAGCUGGUCCUGACAGCAGCCAGGGGCUACUUGGAGCUGCCCCGGCCAGACAAGGCCCUGGCUCUGUCGUUCCACGGCUGGUCUGGCACAGGCAAGAACUUCGUGGCGCGGAUGCUGGCGGAGAACCUGUACCGGGACGGGCUGAGGAGCGACUGUGUCAAGGUGUUCAUCGCCACGUUGCACUUCCCUCACCACAAGUAUGUGGACCUGUACCAGGAGCAGCUGGCAAGCCAGAUCAGGAAGACGCAGGAGCACUGCCACCAGACCCUGUUCAUUUUAGAUGAGGCUGAGAAGCUGCACCCAGGACUGCUGGAGGCCCUCAGGCCACACCUGGAACGCCAGGCCCCCGAGAACCCGAGGGCCAAGUCCCCGAGAACCAUCUUUCUUUUUCUCAGUAACCUUGGGGGCAACAUCAUCAAUGAGGUAGUCCUGAACCUGCUUAAGGCUGGGUGGUCCCGGGAAGAAAUUGGGAUGGAGCACUUGGAGCCCCAACUCCAGGCUGAGAUUGUGGAAUCCACAGACAGUGGCUUUGGACACAGCUGUCUUGUGAAGGAAAACCUGAUUGACUUCUUCAUCCCCUUCCUGCCACUGGAGUACCGUCACGUGAGGCUGUGUGCACGUGAUGCUUUCCUGAGCCAGGAGCUCCUGUAUACGGAAGAGGCACUAGAUGAAGUCGCCAAGAUGAUGGUCUCGGGAACCAAAACAAGCAGCAGACUGCAGUGGUUCCGAACACUCCUCUGGAGCCAGACUUCUCUGCUCAGCGGCUCCGCCACUUACCGCUUGCUGUUGAGACCACGGGGAAAGCUACUGGCUUCAGUUUAACCUUGGUUUCCACUUCUGUAAAAGUGAGCAUAACUGUACCCACCUCACAGGGCUGUGAGAAUUAAAUGAAUUAAUAUUUAUCAAGUACUCAGGACACAGAGCUUUAGGUGUUUUAAGAAUAAUAAAACCUAGUAAAACUGCUGUCAGUUUUGGCACCAUACUCAAAGCCCAGGCUGGGCCUUUCCCUCCAUUCUAAUUCUUGGAACCCUGCGAGUUUUGUUUUAGGUAACUAACAUUUGCAAACAUACCACGUGUCAUACUGCGUGCUAAGUGCUCUAUAGCCUAGUCGAUACCUCAUGUAAUACUUAACACUUAGGGACCAAUUUAAUCACCAUUUAAUGACUGAGAAAAUUGGGGCUCUGAGAGGUUAAAUAACUUGGGUUAAGUCACAGAGCUAGUCAAUGAAGAAGUGGGAUUCAACCCAGGCAGUCCAACUCCAAUUCCUAUGCAUUAAUGACUUAAUGCUUCUAAAAUGAUUUUCUUGGCAAAAGCCAUAGCCUCAGGUGUGGAAAGUGUAUGGAACAAUGGGAGGUUGGAAAGUGUGUGGAAACAAUGGGAGGUUCUCCUUGAAUGACUCUGAAACAAGACUUCCUAAACUAAACCAAAAAUGCAUGGGAGAAAAGGACUGAAAGUGGCGUGUAAGGAGGUGUAUAAACUGAUGCUUAACAGGGUCAGGGAAGAGAAUUUUUCCUUUUCCCCUUCUAGCGUCUUUGGCUGGCCUAAUAAUUAAACUGACAUAAGAUUAACAGGAGAAAAACAAAAGUUUAGUAAAAUGUACACAUGGGAGAGACCCAGGAAAACUAACUCCAAAAUGGCAGAACCUAUCACCUUAAAUACUGUUUUCAGCUAAAGACAAAAGCAGACAUUGGGGCUGGGAGGUCAGUUAUGGAUGGUUACCAGGAAAAGCACAGUAAACAAUUGUGAGGUUGUUAUGCAAAUUUAAGUCCUCACCUUCUCCACUGAUAAGUUUCUAGAGAUUUGGUCAUCCUCCUCUUCUUGGUAGAGCAAGGGAGACACCCUUACAAAUGGAGAUUUCCCUCACAACUGUAAAUCUCUCUUACAAAAGGGUAACUUAGUUACUCAGGUUUCGCCUGUGUCUGCAGUUUCUUAAAGAUAACCAGCUUAAAAUAACGCUUAUGCCAAAGAGGCAUAUUUUGGGGUGGCAAAUUCUGCUCCCCUACAACAGGCAUUCUAACUGGACCAUAUGUGUGCAUCGCUUGAGUAUAUCCUACUCAUCCUGAAUUAAAAUGUUACUUCUAAAAGCAAUGAGUCAUUCAUUUCUUUUUUAAUUGAAGACCAAGUCAAGCAAGACUAGAAUGUUCCCUGUGAGGUUCCACACUUACUCCAUUAAUGCUGCUUUGGCUCAAAACAUUUUUACAACUUAUUUGGAGCUGUCCUCAGAAUGAACUUUGAGAGAAUUAAGUCUCAUUUUACAGUCACCUCAUGCUGGAUGGAUGGACAGACCCAC